AAGAGCGACGAGUCGCCCGCCGCCGUCCUCAUGCGCCACGUGAAAAAGGGCGCACUGGACGAGGUGACCGACAUCUUGGCCGCCAAGCCCGAGCUGCUCAACGUGCGUGGCAUGUGGGAGAGCACGCCGCUCGUGUACGCGUGCCAAUAUGCGCAGACGGACGUCGCCGCCUACUUGCUCUCGCAGGGCGCCGACUCGCUCCUCGUCAACGAGAAGAACGUUUCGGCGCUCCUCCUCGCAUGCUUGGAGGGCCUUGCGACCAUCGUCGCCCUCCUUCUGCAGCCGCCGUCGCCGCCGCAGCUCCACUUGGUCAACGCUGUCGGCGUCGUGUACAACUCGCACGCCGACUUGAACCAGUCGCUCUCGCCGUUCCUCGCUGCGUGCGCCAACGGCCAUCUCGAGUGCGUCGGACUUCUCUUGCAAGCGGCGCUUGCAGCGAGUGACUUUUCAAUGCACACGCUUCUCAACGUGUCGCCAGCGCCGGAAAAGACUCCGCCGCCGCUCUUCGCAGCGGCCAUGUACGGCCACACGCACGUGCUCGUGAUGCUGCUUGGCGCCGGCGCCGCCAAGGACCGCGUUGACGCCGACGGCAACUCGGUGCUCCUCACAGCGCUCAAGCACGGCCACGACGCGGCCGGCGUUGCGCUGGUGAAAGCGACACCGUCGCCUGCUGAAAAUGUGAACGCGCUCGGUAUGACAGCGCUGCACAUGGCCGCCGACAAGGGCUGCAUCGAGAGCUGCAAGGCGCUGCUGGCGCUGCCAGGUAUCGUCAUUGACGUUCCCAACGCAGCCGACGAGACGCCCUUGUACUUGGCGGCCAAGCGGCGCGAUGGACGCAUGCUCGAGGUCUUCAUCCACGCCGGCGCCGACAUUGACCGCAUCGUCUCGACGAGCAACAAGUGCGUGCGCGACAUCCUUACCAAGGACAAGCGCUUGAAUCUGGUCAAGAUCGCCGACAACCUCCGCGAGGCGUCCAUGCAGAGCAGCGACGGCAGCGUCAUGGGCGACAUCGCGCUGCUAAACGACACAACCGAUGCGAGCGUGGAUGCACCGCCGACAACGCCCCUUGUCGGGCGCAAGACGCGCAUUACGUUCUCCAAGCAGCUGGGGACACCCGGCAUGCCGCUGCUCAGCCUCGAGGCGAUGAGCCCGCCGGAACCAGCGAAUGCAGCUCCGAUAGGUAGCACCCGCCGGACGCGCGCGACGUUUUCCAAGCCGGCGGGCGUGCCGCUGGUCGAAGCACCGACCGACGAUGCGUCGCCCGAUGCGCGGCUUGGCUCCAACGUGCGGCGGUCGCGCCCGACAUUCUCCAAGCCCGCAGGUGCGAGCGGGACGCCGCUCGUGUCCUUAGAUCCAACCGACGUCAGUCCGUCGUCGAGUCCACGGAAAACACGCACGACAUUCUCCAAGAGCAUUGGUGUACCCUUGGUGGCGGCGUCAAUGGAGAGCACACUCGUGCUCGAUGAGAGAGCGCUUCUGGACACGAGCAGCCACCGCCUCAUGCGCAUCCAGAGCGCGAUCGACGACGACAUUCAAGACCGCGUCGACGCCAUCGCGCACCAGGCGUCGACGUCGACGACCGUGCCCGUCCACGGCCGCAUGGAAGAGGACGACGACGACGAUGGUGACGGGUCGAGCGCCGAGAACCCCGACGCCGUCGCAACCGAGCCGACGACUGCGGCGGUGCAGGUGCCCACUCUCAACACUACCGCAACCCACGGCACGUCGGCAGGGGCACUCGACCAAGAGGCGCUCGCGGUUGUCGUGUCGCGCGUGACGACCGACACGGUCGCAGCCAUCCUGCUCGCUGCCGCUCCGACCUUGUCCGAUGACGCGCGUAUCGUGGAGCCCAAACUUAUGAGCCAAAACACCGAGGCCGCGCUAGUCGCCAAAGUCACAGAGCUGCUGGCGGCCGAGCCCGUGCGCGAGUCGCUGGCGGUGCGAUCGCCAAGCGGACCCUCGAGCGUUCAUCCCGUGAGUCGCACCGGAACCAUGCAGCUGGCGCCGACGCGAACGAUUUCACUUCAGCAGCUUCCGAGGAGGAAGCAAGACGACAACGACGACGAUAAGCCUUCGGGUCCGCCCACGCGCACCGUGUCCUUGGCGCCACUGGUGCGCGAUACCAACUCGUAA